AGAAGCAGGAUCACAGCAACUAUGGCCUCAUCAGUCCUGGCGAAGAUAAAGGAGGAGGUGACCUGUUCCAUCUGUCUGGAGCUCCUGAAGGAACCUGUGAGUGCAGACUGUGGUCACAGCUUCUGCCGAGCCUGCAUCACACUGAACUAUGAGUCCAGCACAGGCAAAGAAGGGGAGGGCAGCUGCCCUGUGUGCCGAGUUAGUUACCUGUUUGGGAAUCUGAGGCCCAAUCGACAUGCAGCCAAUAUAGUGGAGAGUCUCAAAGGGUUUAAAUCUAUUCCUGAGGAGGAGCAGACGGUGAAUGUCUGUGAACAACAUGGAGAGAAGCUCCAGCUCUUCUGUGAGAAUGACAUGACAGCCAUCUGCUGGCUUUGUGAGAGAUCUCAGGAUCACCGUGGUCACCACACAGUUCUCAUUGAAGAGGCUGCUGAAAAGUACAAGGGGAAGCUGCAGGCAGCUCUGCAGACACUGAAGGCGAAAGAAAAAACAUGUGAUGAAUGGCAAGAUGACCUCCAACAGGAGAGAACUUACUGGGAGGAUCAAAUACAGAGUGAUGUAGACAGUGUUCAGGUGGAAUUUGAAGCACUGAGAGUUGUCCUGGCCUCCAAGGAGAAUGAAGAGCUGCAGAAGCUGAUGAAAGAAAAGGAAGGUAUUUUGCAAAGGCUGGAGAAGUCUGAAAAUGAGCUCUUCAGGCAGAGGGACUCAGUGAGAGACUGCAUCUCAGAUGUGGAACAUCAUUUGGAGAGCUCAACCAUGGAAAUGCUGCAGGGUGUGAAUUGUGUCCUAAAAAGGAGUAAAGCUUUGAAACUGCAACAGCCUGAAAUGAUCCAGAAAAAAAGAAGAAUAUUCCAUGUACCAGAUCUGAAAGGCAUGCUGGAAGCAUUUCAAGGGAUUAUGGAUGUCCAGCAAUACUGGGUUCGUGUGACUCUGUCUCCAAACAACAGUGCAAAUGUCCUGUAUGAAAAGGAAAGACAAAAAUACUACAAUGAUUACGAUGGUUACGGUGAUUACAAUGAUUAUACAAGUGCUUUGCAAUUUUCUGAGAGUUAUUGCUUGGGUGUCCUGGGAUGUCCAGCUCUCCAGUCAGGGAAACAUUACUGGGAAGUAGACGUGUCUGGAUGUCAAGCCUGGCUCCUUGGAUUAAAUAAUGGACAACGUGCUCAACCUCAGUUUUAUCCAGGGAAGCCAGUGCUCCUCACAUCCAAAUAUAAACAAUGUGUCAGUUAUCAGCCUAAAUAUGGCUACUGGGUCAUAGGGAUAAAGGAUAGUUCUUUAUAUGCCUUUGACCAGUGUUAUGAGACCAAAAAUCCCAGUGUCUUGGCCCUCUCUCAGCGAGGCCCUCUAAGUCGUGUUGGAGUGUUCCUGGACUUUGAGGCUUCCACGCUCUCGUUCUAUGACGCUUCUAACUGUGGAGCUCUCAUCUACAGAUUCUAUGACCAUUCCUUCCCUCACACACUUUAUCCAUAUUUUAAUUCUGUGGGAUGCUCAAAGCCAGUGGCCAUAUGCGAGCCACCCUCGUAGCCCUCCCUACAUCUGUGCGGUGCCCCGUUCCGGCUGCAUCUCGUGUGCCUGAGCCUCCUGGCCUCAUUGCAACUUUUCUGCCUUCAGUCCUUCUGCGAAUUUCACUUCUAAAUACAAACCCGUUUGCAUGCAUUUGCGUGUUCCAGUUCCUUGUCUGUUCAUGAGGAGAUAGAAAUUCAUUUCCCACACAGCCACAGAAUCCAUGCCGGUGAAAGGAUACGCUGAGUGGUGGCCUCAUUGUACCCUGAUUCAAGAAAUGGCCUUCUGCCUUAUUUUCCUGCUCUGCCCAGUAUAAUCUAUAGUGCAUGCCAGGCAAUUUUGUUUACGUUGUUCUGUCUUCAGAAAGUUCCGGGAAAAGGAUGCUCUGUGAACGUUUAGUGUGUGCGUACUGGCAUGUAUUCACAUUUCUCUGAGCUCAGAUGCCUUCCUUGAAUUGUUGCUGUUUGUUUUUUACAUUCAUGAAGAAAAGUACACUGAAACUGAAGUAAAAUUGUCUGCUGCCCUA